AUGGAUGAUAAGUCACUCUUGUCCCCUUUUUCACAAAGGUACAGUCAGGCAAAAUGUCGUCUUCAAGAGCAAACUUUGAGUCGAAUUGAAUCGGUGGAAACAGUCUUAAACUUUCACACACUGCCGCGUGUAAAUAAUGCAUGUCUCGCAGUUGAUCGAAAGAAGGAAGUUGUUGGUGGUGGUCAUCGCUCGAUCCCACGACCCUUUCGAACUCUUCUCAAAUGGCCGACUGAACUUCUGGAUGUUGAGAUAACAACCAGAAGAAGCUCGCACCCGGAACAAGUUGCAGGUAAAAUUAGAACUGUUGCUUUGACAAAUUUUGAUACGGAAAGGCUGCAAAUAAUACUAGAGAAUGGAAUUCCUGUUGUUAGUAAUCAGGUGCAACAUUCAAUUGUUGACAUGCGCCCUCAGCAAAAAAUGGCAGAGCUUUGUCAGCUUACAGGCGUCAAACUGAUAACGUAUGGAACGGUAAUGGGUGGUCUAUUAUCUGAGAAGUUCCUUGACACACACUUGUCAAUUCCCUUUGCCGGCCCUCCUUUAAAUACCCCCUCUCUCCAGAAGUACAAAAGGAUGGUUGAUGCUUGGGGAGGAUGGAGCUUAUUCCAAACGUUACUUCAGACUCUAAAAAAAGUAGCAUCUAAGCAUGGAGUCUCAAUCCCAACUGUUGCUGUUAAAUACAUACUAGAUCAGACAGCAGUAGCAGGAUCAAUGGUAGUUGUUAGACUUGGUUUAUCAGAACAUAUCCAAGACACAAAUGCCAUAUUUUCACUUGUUCUUGACGAGGAAGAUGUGAGCAGCAUACUAGAAGUUUCAAGAAGAGGGAAAGAUCUGCUUAGAGUGAUAGGGGAUUGUGGAGAUGAGUACAGGCGUGCAUGAGAUUCAUUUC